UGUUAUUUUUCAUUAGCUUUCAUUCAAUUUAAACAUCACACAGUGUAUUGCGCCAAUGGACAAAGAGGGAAACAUGAAGAUAUUCUGUCUGCUUCUUGCAGCUACUUGCAGCCCCGUGUUUAGUGAAGAAUGGAAGGCCACUGUUGUGAAAAGCCUUGACGCCUUGGUUACAUCGUGUGUUGUGGUACCCUGUUCAUUCACUCAUCCUAAAGAAAACCUGCCCUCCUCCAGACUCAGAGGGAUCUGGCAUCGUUCAAAUAACAAAAAUGAAUUAAUCUAUUACGAGGAUCAGACGAGGGUCUUGGAAAACUUCAGGGGUCGCACGGUUGUUGGUAAAUUGGGUCAGAACAACUGCACCUUAGAAAUGACUGAAAUUAAAAAUCACGACAAUGGCCCUUUCUGUUUCCGGAUUGAACUAGCACGAACAGAGACUGAUACAUCCACUAAAGACAAGUUCUCUUUUGUUGAGGAUUGUGUCGCGUUGAAUAUGCUUGCUGAUCCUCCAAUGCCUGAACUCCGUCACGCAAAGACAGCCACUGAAGGACGUCCUUACAUUGUCACCUGCUCAGUCACCCACACCUGUUCAUCCCAUGUACCUAAACUCACAUGGAGUAGGAGCACAACAGAUGGGGUCACUGAGGUUCACAGAGAAAUUCAUUCUGGCAAUUGGGAGCUACAAUCCAUCAUGACGUUCAUUCCUGAGGAGAAGGAUGAUCACAGUGAAGUCACCUGCACAGCUACAUUUAAUGGAGAGAAGACAUCCUCUGCAACGCUGAAACUCUACUUAAAACGUACAGGAAACUAUAACCACAUCAUCAUUCCUGCUGUAGUAGGGAUUGGUACCGCUAUGAUUUUUGGAGUCUUCUGCAUUUUCAUGGUGAAAAAAUACAAAUCUUAA